ACAGGAGUGAGAUGGAACACACCGUUAUACUUUAACCACUCUGUAAAGAGGGCUCUUGUGCAAUCCACUAUCCAGGCCUUUCUCUUCGGAGAAUUUUGGGGUGCAGCAAGUCUCCACUGGGAUGAAGCAUCUGAGCGUUGGAGUCCUUGUCGCCAUUAUUUUUCUAUGUGAGCAGCAUGGCUUUGCCUUUCAGAGUGGCCAGGUAUUAUCUGCUCUUCCAAGAACUUCCAGACAAGUUCAAGUUCUACAGAACAUCACUGCAACCUAUGAGAUUGUUCUCUGGCAGCCGGUAACAGCUGAAUUUAUUGUAAAGAAAAAAGAAGUCCAUUUUUUUGUGAAUGCAUCUGACGUAAGCGACGUGAAAGCCCAUUUAAAUGAGAGCAGAAUUCCAUUCAGCGUCUUGAUGCGAGAUGUGAAAGAUCUCAUUCGACAACAGACUUCUAAUGACACAGUCAGCCCCCGGGCCUCCGCAUCAUACUACGAACAGUAUCAUUCACUAAAUGAAAUCUACUCUUGGAUAGAAGUAAUAACUGAGAAGCAUCCUGAAAUGCUUCGAAAACUUCACAUCGGAUCCUCUUAUGAGAAGCGUCCACUUUAUGUUUUAAAGGUUUCUGGAAAAGAACGAACAGCAAGGAAUGCCAUGUGGAUUGACUGUGGGAUUCAUGCCAGGGAGUGGAUCUCUCCAGCUUUCUGCUUGUGGUUCAUAGACUACGUAACAGAAUUCUAUGGGAAAGAGAAUGUGUAUACCAAUCUUCUAAGACACUUGGAUUUCUAUAUUAUGCCAGUGGUUAAUGUGGACGGUUAUGACCACACAUGGACAAAGAAUCGAAUGUGGAGAAAGAACCGCUCCUUCCAUGUGAACAAUCGUUGCAUUGGAACAGACCUAAACAGAAACUUUGCCUCCAGACACUGGUGUGAGGAAGGUGCAUCAAGUUUCUCAUGCUCUGAAACCUACUGUGGACCUUACCCUGAAUCAGAACCAGAAGUAAAGGCCGUGGCAGAUUUCUUGAGAAGAAAUAUAAACCACAUCAAAGCUUACAUCAGCAUACACUCAUACUCCCAGCAGAUACUAUUCCCCUAUUCCUAUAACAGGAGCAAAAGCAAAGAUCAUGAGGAACUGUCUCUAGUGGCCAGUGCAGCAGCUCGUGCUAUUCAGAGUAUUCAUAAAAAUACCAAGUAUACACAUGGCAGUGGCUCAGAGACUUUAUACCUAGCCCCUGGAGGUUCCGAUGACUGGAUCUAUGAUUUGGGGAUCAAGUACUCAUUUACAAUUGAACUUCGAGACACAGGCAGAUUCGGAUUCUUGCUGCCGGAACGUUAUAUCAAACCUACUUGUACAGAAGCUCUUGCCGCAGUCUCUAAAAUAGCGUGGCAUGUCAUCCGGAACGUUUGACUUCUCACUCUGCUUCCGUACUUUUACACGUUUUAGAGAUCAAAUCGUACUAGUUUCUAAGUUUGAUCAGUAUAGUUUUGAUAAAAGGUUUUUCCAUUCCUUACUUUUGUCAAAGAACACAAUAUAUGCUCCUUUGAAAUCCAGACAAAGGUUCACGUGUAUGUUCACUAUUUUCAUUUUUAAGAGGCUAGAUGUUAAUUUCUGUUGUUUUACUAUCUCAUAAUAAACAGAUCCAUGGACUUCA